AUGAAGGGUCUAUCUUCAAUAUUGAAUAGAAAGAGAAACGAAAGCGAUUCGAUUUCCAGUAAAAUCGAGCAUAACUUGGGUGCUGCUGAAUGCAACUCUAUAGAGUUGGAUGAACAAGCUAAAAAGAUUGAUUUUGACCUUGUCCAUAUCGAGUGCGUCCCAGCUACAACAAUUCCAAACGACAAUAAAGAUGGAGAAACUCCUGAUAUCCUUGACACUGCGGAAGAUGCUAGGGAAGCCGACGAAAGUGAAAGGACAAUGCCGCUUAUGAAAGCUUUGAAAACGUAUCCCAAAGCAGCGGCUUGGUCAUUAUUAGUUUCCACAACACUGAUCCAGGAAGGAUAUGAUACUGCCAUUCUCGGGGCCUUUUACGCCCUUCCCGUUUUCCAGAAGAAGUAUGGCUCUUUAAAUACUAGUACGGGAGAAUAUGAAAUUUCAGUAUCGUGGCAGAUUGGGCUAUGUUUGUGCUACAUAGUUGGAGAGAUCGUGGGCUUACAGUUGACAGGCCCCUCUGUGGAUUUGAUUGGUAAUCGUUAUACAUUGAUUAUGGCGUUAAUGUUCCUAACUGCCUUCAUUUUCAUUCUGUAUUUCUGUGAAAGUUUAGGGAUGAUUGCGGUGGGACAGGCAUUGUGUGGUAUGCCAUGGGGUUGUUUCCAAUGUUUGACUGUCUCUUAUGCUUCAGAAAUAUGUCCUAUGGCGCUAAGAUACUAUCUGACGACAUAUUCGAAUCUCUGUUGGUUGUUUGGUCAGCUGUUCGCUGCAGGUAUCAUGAAAAAUUCCCAAAACAAAUAUGCAAACUCAGAUUUGGGAUACAAGUUGCCAUUUGCUUUACAGUGGAUUUGGCCUGCUCCUUUAGCAAUAGGAAUAUUCCUUGCACCUGAAUCCCCAUGGUGGCUAAUCAAAAAAGGGAAGAUCGAGGAAGCAAAGAAAUCGCUUGAGAGAACACUAAGCGGUAAGGGAGCUCAGAAAGAAUUACUGGUGACUAUGGAGCUUGAUAGAAUCAAAGUGACUAUAGAAAAGGAGAAAAAGCUUGCAAGUGAAGAAGGUUCCUAUUGGGAUUGUGUGAAGGACAAGGUAAAUCGGAGAAGAACGAGAAUAUCCUGUAUAUGUUGGAUCGGUCAAACUAUAUCUGGUGCGCAACUAAUCGGUUAUUCGACUUACUUUUACGAGAAAGCCGGUGUUAGUACUGAGACAGCAUUCACUUUUAGUAUCAUUCAAUACUGUCUUGGUAUUACUGCAACAUUUUUAUCCUGGUGGGCCUCGAAAUAUUUUGGUAGAUAUGACCUUUAUGCUUUUGGACUAGCGUUUCAGAGCAUUGUAUUUUUCAUUAUAGGCGGGAUGGGAUGUUCAAACACCCACGCUGCCAAGAUGGGAAGCGGCUCUCUUCUAAUGGUCGUCGCGUUCUUUUACAACCUAGGAAUUGCCCCUGUCGUUUUUUGCUUAGUCUCUGAAAUACCAUCUUCAAGGCUAAGGACUAAAUCAAUCAUUUUAGCUCGUAAUGCUUAUAAUGCGUUAAGUAUGGUAGUCACUGUUUUGAUACUGUAUCAACUGAACUCUGAGAAAUGGAACUGGGGUGCAAAGUCGGGCUUUUUCUGGGGAGCAUUUAGCCUAGGUACUCUAUGUUGGGCCAUCAUUGAUUUACCCGAAACUGCCGGUAGAACUUUUAUUGAAGUAGAUGAACUGUUUAGACUUGGUGUCCCAGCAAGGAAGUUCAAGUCAACAAAAGUGGACCCAUUUGCCAUCAAAGCAAACACUGGAAAUGUCACCCAUAAGGAUCCUAAGGAAGAUGUGGAAGGUUCCACCGAGGAGGGAGAAUUAACUACCCCAUCUCUUACGAUUUGA